CGGCGCAGAUUGCGGGGAUGAUGAUCACAGCUAACACCCCAACUCUUCGUAUCUCUAUCUGUUCCAUUCCGCGCUAUGUGAUGCGAUAUGUAAAUGAGAUAACACCGUGUUCAUUGUGUCUUGCAAAAUCCCAACAAAUUCAAGCAACGCAACAUCUUCACCGGAGCGUUAGGAAUAAAUCAGAGCGAGCUUAUAUCGAAUGACAAUUACGAUUGAAAAAUCCAUGUGUGGGUGGGUGUCGCAAAGGGUGCUGUCACCUGUGGAAACCGCCCCACGUGCACCACUGCCCCACCCUCGUCAUUAUUAUCACAUUUAACGCCCCUCAUUGCGUGCCGGGCUGUCACUGAGCCAGCACGUGGUCUUGGUAGCGUCGCGACGCCGAAGACGCGGACAGUGAGUGGUACAAGUGCCCGGUCACUUCGUGAAACACAUUUUAUAGAAAACAACACGCUCAAGAUGUCCUCCAUCAACGAGCAACUCGCCCCUCCCCCAAAGCCCCGAAUCUCCCCCCUGGAAUUUCGCAACACCGACCUGGUGUCCCGCCUUUUGGCCGCAACCCCUCCAUACCUCUACAACAUGUCCCUACUCCCCAACACUUACUUCUUCAGCGAAAUGCUCCGCUCCUUCGUCCAGGCCAAAUCCGACCCUUCACCCCGAAACUUCCAACCCCGACGAACCCGCAAACGCCCCUGGUCCACCCUAAAACCCGACACUUCACCAAAGCUCGACCAAAACUUCCCUUAUCCCGACCACAAACCCAGCGAAACUCCGCUCGAACUCACAACCAAACUCCCAACACUUGACAAUGACGAUAAAAGUACCAAGAGUUUUAGUACCACCACUUUACAAGAGCAGGAACCCAUUUACCCGCCACUGGCACAGGAAAGCAACCCUUCUGGGUUGAUUCUACCACCGCCCCCGCCCAUAUGGUACCCACCGUUGUACCCAGCAAGUGCCCCAUAUGGAAUUGAUCCUUUGCAUUUUUUCAUCGAUUUGAGGGUUUCGGGGCAUAUUUACGACAGGAAGAACCAAAGGGAAGAAGCGUCAACUACUCAAGAAGACGAAAACCGGAAAGUUUCGGUUAAAACCGAUCAUUUUAAACCGUCAAGGCAUGCUUCAGCGUUUUCGGUCCCCACUCCAAGGUUAAACCGAACCGGACCGAUUAAUUUGAGCCAUGGGGAGGAUUACAACGGACAAGAAACGAAAAAUAUAAAGUUUGAUGUUAAGUCAAUGGGGUUUGAGAAACCCUCGAAUAAAAUUGGGACUAGUUACAUUAUGAAUAACAUUAACAGUAUUUAUAAAAGUGUGAAUGAGGAGGCACAGAAUUUGGUGAAGAAUGAAAAUGAUAAUGAAACUGAGGAAGAGAAACAGAAAAGGGUGAAGGACUUGAGGGCUUUGAUUGGUUUAGAGUUAGUUGUUGAUUAUAUGAAUCAUGCGAAACCUCAGCCGAAACGUUUGAACGAGGAAAGCAAUUCAACGGAAACGGAGUCGGUUGGAAGUCCGACCUUGGAAGUUGUGGCAGUGCACGAUGAGAGUUAAACUAGUCAGGUGUUAAAAUUUAGGGAAUCAUUUAGAGUUGGAUGAUGUAUAUACAAUAAAAAAUGUAAAUAUCGA